GCCGGCCGUGGGCGGUGUCGCCGCGGCUCCCGGGCCGUGUGUGCCUGUCCCCGCCGCUGUCCCCGGCCCUUGGCGUGCAUGGCCGAGCGCGGGCGGCGAUGGCAGCGCGCUGAUGGCCCAGCUCGCCAUGGCUGCCCGGGAGGAGCUCUACAGCAAAGUCAUCCCCCGGCGGAGCCGCCAGCACCGCGCCGGGACCAUCAAACAUGGCUCUUCGCUCGAGAUCCUGCUCUCCAUGGGCUUCCCCAAAGCACGGGCACAAAAAGCGCUGGCAUCGACAGGAGGAAGGAGUGUUCAAGCAGCAUGCGACUGGCUCUUCUCCCACGUGGGUGACCCGUUCCUGGAUGACAGCCUGCCCCGCGAGUACGUGCUGUACCUGCGCCCCACCGGGCCCCUGGCGCAGAAGCUCUCUGAGUUCUGGCAGCAGUCCAAGCAGAUCUGUGGCAAGAACAAAGCCCACAACAUCUUCCCCCACAUCACCCUGUGCCAGUUCUUCAUGUGUGAGGACAGCAAGGUGGACGCUCUCACGGAAGCCCUGCAGGCCACGGUGAUGCGCUGGAAAUGCAAAUUCCCUGCGCCCCUGCCCCUGGAGCUCUACACAUCCUCCAACUUCAUCGGGCUCUUCGUCAAGGAGGAGAGUGCUGAGGUGCUCAAGAAGUUUGCUGCAGACUUCGCUGCAGAGGCGGCUUCCAAAGCAGAUGUCCACGUGGAGCCCCACAAGAAGCAGCUCCACGUGACCCUGGCCUAUCACUUCCAGAGCAGCCACCUGCCCACGCUGGAGAAGCUGGCCCAGAGCAUCGACGUCAAGCUGGGCUGCGACUGGGUGGCCGCGAUCUUCUCCCGCGACAUUCGCUUCGUCAACCACGAGACUCUGCAAGUGAUCUACCCCUACACCCCCCAGAACGACGACGAGCUGGAGCUGGUGCCAGGGGAUUUCAUUUUCAUGUCCCCAGUGGAGCAAAGCAGCACGAGUGAGGGCUGGAUUUAUGGCAUUUCCCUUGCCACUGGCUGCUCGGGGCUGCUGCCUGAGAACUACAUCACCAAGGCGGAUGAAUGUGGCACCUGGGUGUUCCAUGGGUCCUACUCCAUCCUGAACACCACAUCUUGCCCAUCCCUCCAAGCCUUUGCUGAUGGAGCUCUGGAGAGAAGGCAGCAGGAAGACCAAGGGCCAGGGGACGCUGGGCCUCUCACCAUCAUCUGCCAGAACGUGCAGCCCCUGAGGAUAAGCAGCCAGCCGGGCCCUCAGAAGCGCUGCCUGUUCGUGUGCAGGCAUGGAGAGAGGAUGGAUGUGGUUUUUGGGAAGUACUGGCUGUCCCAGUGCUUCGAUGCCAAAGGCAGGUACAUGCGCAGCAACCUGAACAUGCCUCACAACUUACCUCAGAGGAGUGGUGGUUUCAGGGAUUAUGAAAAGGAUGCUCCCAUCACCGUCCUGGGCUGCACCCAGGCCAGGCUCGUGGGUGAAGCCUUGCUAGAAACCAACACCAUUGUAGACUACAUCUACAGCUCGCCAUCGCUGCGCUGCGUGCAGACAGCCCACAACAUCCUGAAAGGCAUGCAGCAGGAGAACAGCCUGAAGAUCCGGGUGGAGCCCGGCCUGUUUGAAUGGACCAAGUGGGUGUCGGGGAGCUCCCUGCCCGCCUGGAUCCCCCCCGCAGACCUGGCUGCAGCCACGCUCAGCGUGGACACAACCUACAGACCUCAUAUUCCUGUCAGCAAGUUGGUGGUUUCCGAGUCUUACGACUCCUACAUAAGCAGGAGCUACCAAGUAACGAAGGAAAUCAUCAGUGAAUGUAAAGGCAAAGGAAAUAACAUCCUGAUCGUGGCUCAUGCAUCCUCCCUGGAGGCCUGCACCUGCCAGCUCCAGGGGCUGUCACCCCAGAACUCCAAGGAUUUUGUACAGAUGGUCCGAAAGAUUCCCUACCUGGGCUUUUGCUCCUGUGAAGAGCUGGGGGACACUGGUGUGUGGCAGCUCACAGACCCUCCCAUCCUCCCUCUCACUCAUGGACCAACUGGAGGCUUUAACUGGAGAGAAACCCUCCUGCAGGAGUAGGGAGCAGCCAGCAAGGACAGCCCUUCCCAGCGCUGGAGAACGUCUCUUCUUCCUCUUCUUCUUCUUCUCCUUCCUUGUGUUUUAUUGCCAGCAGGAAAACCCCUCCUCACCUGUCCCGCACAUCUCACACAGCCACAGCCCUGCAAAAAAUCUUUUUGCAUUUAAAUGGGCUGUAAAUCAGCUCGUUUACAACAAAACGGGCUGGUUUGAGGGGGGGGAAUAAAUUAAAACACAGCUCGAGGCUCUUGCACAGCUCUGGGUUGGUUUCCUCGCCUUGAAGGAGCUCUGGUGACACUUUCGCUGUAGGGACAAUGAGACUGUGUCAGGCAGGAUGCUGGGGUUGUUUUCUCACUGCUAUUUUUGCAAAGUGUCUGCAGCCUUGUUCAGCACCUCGUGCUUGCUCCACUCCCAGCCCCCAAACCCUCAGCACCUGCCAGAAAAAAAUCAAAAAUUUAUUUCCUUCCCCAAGGCUGGAAAUGAGUCCAGGGUUGGCUCUGCAGGCUGCACCAGGUUAUUCCUCUCCUCUUGAGUGCUCAAAAUGUGCUGGGUAUUGUGCAGAGAUGGGUUGAUAUUAAGGAAAAUAAGAGAUUGGUUGAUAUUAAGGAAAAUAAGAGAUUGGUUGGUAUUAAGGAAAAUAAAGGUUGGUUGAUAUUAAGGAAAAUUCUGGCUCAGAGGAAAAUUCCAAAUUUCACAUCACUUACAGGUGAGGUUUGAACAUCAAAAGUCAGCACAACCCCCAAACCCUCAGCACCUUCCAGAAAAAUCAAAGGAGUUUACUUCCUUCCCCAAGGCUGGAAAUGAGUCCAGGGUUGCCUCUGCAGGCUGCACCAGGUUAUUCCUCUCCUCUGAGUGCUCAAAAUGCGCUGGAUGUUGUGCAGAGAUGGGUUGGAUUAAAGAAAAUAAGAGAUUUUGGUUGAUACUAAAGAAAAUAAGAGAUUUUGGUUGAUAUUAAGGAAAAUAAGAGAUUGGUUGAUAUUCAGGAAAAUUCUGGCUCAGAGGAAAAUUCCGAAUUUCACAUCACUUACAGGUGAGGUUUGAGCAUCAAAAGUCAGCACAACAGAAGCUGGGAGGGAUCUCUUUGAAGUGGGAAUAAAAGAAGCCUUUUCCAACCAAAUCUGAGGGAUUUGGGAAGUUCAGAUUUGGGUUUUUAGUCCUUUAUUUUGGUUAUUGAAACCCACCUGUGUCCACAGGUUUGUGCUGUUUCAAUUCCCUUCAGAAGGCUUUGGAAAAGGGGUUUUUUUUUCCCCUUUUAUAUUGGGAUUUUUGUGCUGGCCCUUCACCAGGAGUGGCUCCGUGUCCCUUGGGCAGCCCUGGGGAGAUUGUGCAGGGAUUCCCAGGAAUGAUGGGGUGGAAAAGCUGCUGGAAUUCUGUGGGAUUCUAUGGGAUUCUGAGUGCUUUGCUUCCUCACCCUUCAUUCCCAAGUGCCACCUGUCAUAAAGACAAAACACCUUAAAAAACCCCAGCACAUUUCAAUUUAGGAACAGCAUUUGAUGUAUUUAUCCAAGGAGGGAAAGGUUGGGAUUUGGGGGAAAGUGGAAGAGGAGAAUUUGCAUCUGUAACCAAGAAAUUUGGGAUCACAGUGGGGAUCCUCUUGGUUUGGAUUUCCCCCUUGGGCAGGGCUGGUGUCGCCUCCCCCAAGCUGCCACAACAACCAGGGAGUGACAAACUGCAAUUCCAGCUUCCCAAAAGGGGAGAAAUUUGGGAUGGAGCAAACCCCAAAAGAGGAGAAAAAUGGGAUGGAAAAAAAAACCCAAAAGAGGAGAAAAUUGGGAUGGAGCAAACCCCAGAAGAAGAAACAAUUGGGAUGGAAAAAAAAAAAAAGAGAAAAUUGGGAUGGAGCAAAACCCAAAAGAGGAGAAAAUUGGGAUGGAACAAACCCCAAAAAGAGGAGUAAAUUGGGAUGGAGCAAAACCCAAAAGAGGAGAAAACUGGGAUGGAACAAACCCCAAAAGAGGAAACAAUUGGGAUGGAACCAACCCCAAAAGAGGAGAAACAAUUGGGAUGGAGCAAACCCCAAAAAGAGGAGUAAAUUGGGAUGGAGCAAAACCCAAAUGAGGAGAAACAAUUGGGAUGGAAAAAACCAACAAACAAACAAACAAAAAAAGAAGAAACAAUUGGGAUGGAGCAAAAACCAAAAGAGGAAACAAUUGGGAUGGAAAAAAAACCCAAAGGAGGAGAAAAUUGGGAUGGAGGAAACCCCAAAAGAGGAGAAAUACUUGGGAUGGAGAAACAAUUGGGAUGGAACAAACCCCAAAAAAGGAGAAACAACUGGGAUGGAGCAAACCCCAGAGAGGCUGAGCUCAGUUUGGAGCCCAUCCUGAGCCCAGCCUGGCCAAACCCCAGCUAUUCCCGCAAUCCAUAGGAUAAAAAUUCCAUUCUUUCUACUUUUAGGACUGUGUGACACACCUUAGGCCACUCAUAGGUGCUUUAUUACAGCAGGGAUGGAGCUGAAAAGUCAGGGAGAAAAUUCAGGACAGGGCAGGGGAAAAAAAAAAUCCUACUCCUGUGUGGUUUUAUUGCUGUCAGGUUCAUUUUUAAUUGUCAUUUAAAUUAUUUUUUGGCUGUGUACAGACAUUCUGAAGAGCAUUUCUGGCUUGUUUUCCUCCAUGCAAAAAGAAAAAAAUUAAAUAUUUGACAAUCACACAAAAAAAAAAAAGAGAAAAAAAUUUGGUUGCUGAGGCGUGUGAAUUCUCCAGAUUUUUUUUUGUGUGUAAAAAUUGGGGCAGGAAAUAUUGUUGUGUUCUCAUAUUUAUUUAUCUCAGAUCCUGCUGGAGUUGAGUGACAUUAAAAGGAGAUUUUUUAGGAGCACGAAACAGAGAGGGAGCAAAAGCUGAAUGCACAAUUUCAGUGGUGUCAGCUGCUCUUUGAUAUAGAAAUAAAUAAAAAAGGUGUUCUGGUUGAGGAGGGAGAUGUUAAAAUACUCUUCUUUUAAAAAUAUAUAUAUAUAUUUUUGGAUGUUUGGGAAAUAUUUUGACAAUUGUAGUUUUGGCUCGAAUUAGGUGUCAGGAAUCACAGAGAGAAAAAAAUCUUAUUUUCUUCAGCAUUUUGAGUUUUCUUGGGGGUUUUGUGUUAAGCAGUCUCUUGUUGAAAGGGCUUUUUGGGUGGAAAAAAAAAGAGAAAAAAUGUUGUUCCUUUUACAUUUAUAAUUGAGAAGACAAAAGAAUUGCUGCUUCACUUUUCACCCCAUUAAUGUGGAUUUAAUGCUCAUUAAUGUGGAUUUAAUGUCACUCCAGUGCUUUGUCCCAGAACAUUAAACUUGAGCCUUCCAAAAUCUUUUCCUUCACUGUGAGCUGCAUCAGAUCCCAACUUUUAUUCUAACAGCACUUCCCAGGUUUUUCCUUCUCUCCACAAUUAAGGGGGAAAAAAAAGCUGCAAAUCUGCCAGGAAUAAAGUUAAUUUUAAUAAUUUGCAAUGUAUGGCUUAG